ACCAGUGUGGUGAAUGGAGCAGAGCUUUUGAUUACUGCAGCUGAAAUACCAGCUUUGGGUAAGUCACUUUUUCUGACCAAAUUUGCUGCUUUCUUCAACCCUGUGCCCCUAGUGCCAUCUAAAAUUUGAGCCAAUGUGAUUUCCCUGGAUCAUAGAAUCAUAGAAUCAUUUGAGUUGAAAGGGACCUUUAAUGGUCACCUAGUCCAACUCCCCUUCAAUGAACAGGGACAUCUACAACUAGAUCAGGUUGCUCAGAGCUCCGUCUAGCUCAAAUGUCUCUAAGGACAUUCACCACCUCUCUGGGCAGCCUGUUCCAGUGCUUCACUACUGUUAUUGUAAAACACUUCUAGUCUAAAUCUCAUCUGUUAAAAGCAUUUCCCCUUGUCUUACCAUUACAGACCCUUCUAAAGACUCCAUCCUUUGCCUUCUAAUAGCUCUCCUUUAGGUACUGAAAGGCUGCUCUCAGGUUUCCCCAGAGCCUUCUCUUCUCCAGGCUGAACAGCCCCAGCUCUCUCAUCCUGUUCUCAUAGUAGAGGUAUUCCAUCCCUUGAAUCAUUUUUAUGGCCCUCCUCUGGACACACUCCAACAGGUCAGUGUCUCUCUUGUACUGAGGCCUCCACAUCUGAUUGCAGUACUCCAGGUGCAAGACCUUGCACUUGGAUUUGUUGAACCUCUUGAGGUUCAGCUGGGCCCACUGCUUGAGCCUGUCUAGGUCUCUCUGGAGGGACCAUGGCUUAUGUUCAGUUAGUAUUUACUCUGAUGACUCUGGGCAUCCCUACUGAAGUUGGCAUAAAGAUGUUACAGAGGAAUUGAGAAUUCCUAGGAAUUAAAUUUUGAAUGCUCUAAUCCUUGCAUAACAUAUAGAAGGGUAAACUAUUGGGAUAAUGUGGCUUUUAGAAAAAAUAUGCACAAGAGUAGGAUCAAGUGUUUGCACUGUGGCCUUUUCUAAGGGUUGCUUGAACUGAGGGUCUCUUACAUCCUCAAACUUUGGAUUACAGUUGACGGCAUUUGGUGUUGUUUGGUCAAGAGUGGUGAAAGCAGUGGACGUUCUCUGAACCUUUUAGAAUGAGAUAUCUCUUGUCCAGCUCCUGCUAUCGGGGACGGAAUGGCUUUGUGCUCCCAUAAAUGCACAUCCUCUGUGCAUCCUCUUCCCUUCUGACCCAAACUCAGCACGGUGAAGAAGCAGCCCUUCCCCGUCUUCCGAGACAACUGAUAGCUUUAUCUACCUUGUUUUCCUUUCUAAACUUUGCCUUCCCACACAUGUGCAUGUGUAAUACUUUCUCUUCCCUCCAGGAAAAGCCCAAGGAGCAGAAAUACACUUGCUCCUGAGACUGACUAGUCAAGCAGCUUCCUCUACCCAUUACCACUGCUUUUAUUCCAGGAUAAUUUCUCCUCCCCUAGUCCUGCUUUCUGCGCUCUGAAUUUGCAUUUAACUAGUUCCAGCCCUAAACGUCUACCCUGUGCCAUGCCAUGGCCUGGAACAGAUGCAGCACAAAUGAUUGACCCUUUUCCCUUGGGCUGUUUGGCUUUGACUGCACAAAGCAGCCAAUAAAGUGGAAAGGGCUGGGCAGCUGACUGUGAGGAUUCACUUGAAGCUGUAUGGCUUUAUGGUCUCAGUUAGAGGAGGAAGUUUGCUUAGAAAAUGCAAUUGCGUUCUUCCUUCUGCUGCCAGCUCUUGCUGACACGUUUUUAGAAGUUGCCAACUACAAGAAUAACGUCUAUUUGCCAGACACAGCUUGGGCUGGAGGCUGUGAGCUGUAUUGCAGUGACUGGAGCUGGAGCAUGUAGCAAUGCAGGUCAUGAUCUCCUCUGUCUAGAAGUUCUCUGAGCAGACCCAACUGAAGCCGCUGCUGAGAUACUCUCUCAGAAAAGGCGAGUUCUCACUGCAGUUGGUCUGCUGAAUCUCUUGAUCUGCCUUGUGGUACAUGUAGUGUCCUUCUAAUAAAGUGGAUCUCUUUUUGCCCUCCUGCUGGUGCUCUCAUACUUGUCUGUGCUUUAUUCUCUCCACAGCUGUUUCCCUCAAGGCCCUCAUACUAUAGAGUCUCUUUACGAUCCUCCCCUCCUCUCCUUUCAUCCCAUCCAAAACAUGCAGUUGUCUGUGCUUUCCCUGUGGUUGUCUCUGGUCAUUCCUAAAGGUAUACCGACAAAAUCUCUCUCAGAAUACAGCACAGCACUCAAGUUAACAUAUCCUGGGGCACACUUACUGGUUUUAUGUUUGAUAUUUAGUAUCUGUGCAUGGUGUGACACAAGCUGAGAAGUGGGAUCAAACAGCUUCUUUUACUGUAGAUCAUACUGCCAACAAAGACUGCACAAAACCACAGAUGCUUUGAUAUCAUUCAGGUUCACACUGAGUGUCGAAGUCCAACCCCCUUUACUCUUGUUUUGUUUUCCAUGUGAGUUGCUCCCUCCCAUACAACUACAUCUCUCAGCUCUCAGAAAUAUCCAACAGAAGGGCAAGAAAACUGUGAAGGGUCUGGAGCGUGAAUGUUACGGGGAGCAGUUGAGGGAACUGCGAUUGUUCACUCUGGAGAAGAGGAGGCUCAGGGGGGACCUCAUCGCUCUCUACAACUCCCUGAAAAGAGAUUGUGAUGAGGUGGAUUUCAGCCUCUUUUUCCAGGUAACAGAAUGGCCUCAAGCUGUGCCAGUGGAGGUUCAGGUUGGAUAUUAGAAAAAAUGGUGAUGAGUGGUGAUGCAGUGGCACAGCUGCCCAGGGAAGUGAUGGAGUCACUGUCCCUGGAGGCAUUCAAGAAGCAUGUAGAUGUGGCACUGAAGGACACAGCUUAGUGGGCAUGGUGAGCAUGGGUUGGUGGUUGGACUAGAUGAUCUUAAAAGGUGUUUCCAACCUUAAUGAUUCUAUGAUUCUAUUCUAAGUAACUCCCAAGGAUCCGGCUCUCAGACUGGGACCCUUCUCACCCACUUGCUGAAGCUGGCUUCUUCAUUCUAAAAUAAUUGUAUUUUCACCUAGAGCAAGCAAUAGACCUCAUGGCCACGGAGCUGUCGCUUCCUGUGAGAUAUGAAGCCUAGUUUCUAGUUCUGGCUCCAGCGAGCACGUUUUUUAACAGUCAGUUUCUGGAUGAAGCACAUAAGCAGGGAUGCCAGCUCGACUACCUCAUUCCCAAGUGAGUUUGCAUUGCAGUGACUAUUCUUAUUUAGCACUAGUGAUUUAUUCAAUUUGCUUCAAACUACCAUAGACUCAAGCAAUAAGUUAGGAAUCAGGUCAAUUUGGACACAACAGCAAAGUGUAAAAAAUAAUAAAAAUGGACAUUGUUUGUGCUCUGGAGGGCAGCCACAGAAAUAUACCAGCUCCUAGAAGUGCUGUGGCACAAUUUGAUUCUGCCCCACGUAGACCAGCCGUUGCAGUAAGCAUGCUUCUUCUCCUGGCUCUUUUAAAGGUUGGCUGUGGUCUUGGUCCUGGAGUUACUGUGCCUCUAUAUUCAAAGUAUUUUUCCUGACAGUUGAAAGUAAUCAGUCUACCGGGAGCUGAGCAAACUCAUGCUGAGCCCAAAAGUGCAGCAGCUUUUUCUCACCUGCCGUGACUUCUAGUGCUAAAUGCUUUUCCAGUCGCACUGUGCUCUGCCAAGCAUCGUGUUUCCUCCAGAUGCAGUUCUUCCAACCAUGUGUUUAAAUCAGUGAGAGUUCCUUGGUGUUUUAUAUAUUUCCUUUUUGGCAUUCAGGCCAUUCAUCCAGGCAUAUAAAUGAAAGUGCUGGAAGGCUUCUGUCUGUAUGAAUGUUGGCCGCAAGUUCAGGAUGGUGGGACAUCCUGAUUGAAACAAGUUCAGUCCCUGUAGUUUAGUGGUGGAUAAAACAGUCAUGGAGGAAAAAUACCCUUUACAGAUGCUUGGAAAUGGUCUGAUGACAUAUUUUGUUUAAAUCUCGGUGCACCAAGCUUGACUACUUCAAUGAAUUUCCAGAGGGCAACCCAUGGACUAAGAAGACAAACAGUGCCUUUUCUUGCCCGUGUCUCAGUCAGAGCUGUCCUGGGAACCUCAGAGCUGAUGCAGCCUGUCUCCCACACUGCCCCUUGAGCUGACCAUUAUGAACUUGGAGAUUUCCAGGCCCUCUGAACAGCUCACCACACUGGGUGCCAGUAAUCUUAGCAAUACUAGAAGCCAAGCUAUACGUUCUGUGUUUGUUACCCUGUGACUUGCUUCUUAACAGCUGCAAAACAGACUGCAUUAGCAUGAAUUUGCUGGUUGGGGGUGGUCAGUAGAGGGCAACUGCUUCACAAUCUCAGUAAUUUUCAGUAUUUUCUGCAUCCUUGGCUGGUUCUCCUGGAGUGAUCGCUUUCUUUGGAAAUACUACCCUGAAGCCUGAAAGAUUCAGGUUGCAAAUUGUUUUGAAUUUCAAGAUUUCACAGGUGAGAGAACUAUUUUCUGGCAAAGUCUAGUUGCCUUUUUCUGAUGUGUCUCAUCUGGUUACAAAUGGAGAAAAGAUACCAGGCUGCACCUGAUCCGGUGCUGUACUUAGUGUGGAAAGGAUAUUAGCCUUCAACUUGCUUGAUGUGUAUGUAGUACAGGUCCAGGGCUGAUGUAAGAACACAUGGCAGUGGGACCAAGCAGUAGGAGCAUUUGGAGCUUGCCAAGUAUCGAUCAGUGAGGGGUGGGAAUGAGCAGAGAAGCAUUUCAAUUUGGCAUCCAUACGCGAUUCUGAUGCUGUCAUAGUGUAUUAGCAACGCUUUCUUUUCCCUGUAGCCCAUCCCAGGCUAUUGUCAUUGAAGCAUCCCUUUUGCCCAUAUCUUUUUGUUGAAAGACAAAGUAAAAAAAAAACAAACAAACCAAAAACAAAGCAAACAAAAAGAAAACCAAACAAGUCAACACACAGAACUUGUGCUCCUAAAUAAUCUGGUUAUGUUAUGCUAGUAUCCUCUGAAUGGGGACUCAGUAAUACUGAACCAUUGCUGCUAAAGACUGUUACAGCAUAAACAUAGGGGAUUCAAGCUACAAUUAUCAUUUUGUACAGUCACUUAGUCCACUAAUGGGGAGAAACAGGGCAACAGUUAAAGAAGGCAAGAGGACUGUCAGAGAUUAUUAAAUCUACGGGGAUGAUUUGUUUUGGUAGCCUCUCCUGACCCAAGUACACACUUUGGCAGCAGACUUAAUGCCUCUGGCAAUUAGAGCAAGAAGUGAUGGGUCAUCAUUAGCAACAGCAGAUUAAGUGUUGUUUUUCAUCUGGAAGGCAGCAUCAUCUUCAGUGUGGCUUAUUUGUUGCCACUGCAGAUCAUCUGUGAGUCACAAGUGGUACACUGGGCUAACUCGUUUGUGUGAUUUAGUAGAGGCUUUUUAAUGCAUGCUUACUGUUCCGUAUGAGUAGCUUUUCCAGAUAGUUUCAAAACAGAAAAUGCCACAAUAUUAGACUUGCUUGUACAGCUAAUACUACUGUUCUUAUUUACAUGAUGUUCGUGAUUUUUUCUUGUUGUGCACUUCACGGUUCAAAUGAUUUUUGACUGCAUGUUUGAAAUAUAUUUGUCAUCUCUAUAGAACUAAAGAGCAAAGAAAGAAAAGCCAGACAAGCAUAGAGAAAGCAUCCAUAAUUGUCAGCUUCAGAAGAUAUAAGAACGAACCUAAUACCACUCAAGCAGGGAACUGUGAUUGAAGAACACGAUAUUGAAGUCUGGAUUGGAAAUGCAUGUGAACAGCUGGAUAAAUCAAUGGAUGCUCAGCAAGCAGAAACUGGGGGACUAUCAGUGGUCAGCUAGCUAUAUAUAAGUGAAAACCUCCUGAGGGACAUCCUUAUGCCAUAUUCUUCUCUAUAGAGAGGGAGCUGGGAACAUCUAGGCCCUUUUGGAGAAGUGCUUACAAUGGAAAAGGAUGAUAAACUCGAGAUGCAGGCGAACAAGUGAAGAGUGAAUUCACACUUCAGAGAACAGUGACGACCAUCUUGCCAUGAAACCAUUCACAGAUGAAGAUGUAGAAAUCUACAUCCAGAGCAAGGUGGAGCCACGCCAUUAUCUGGUCUCCAAAACAGUGGAGGAGGUGCAGAAAAUCAUCCAGCAACUGACCACCGAAAUCAGCUAUAAGGCCACACGAUUCCAGGCUAUCUCCAACUCUGGCAUUCACAAUGAGAAUAUUAAGGUCUUAGCACCGAGCCAAUUCCUCAUCACGGUCCCUCUGCGUGGCCUGACUGGGUACAGGGAAAGCCAGGUCCGACACUGGCGUUAUUACACUGUGCAUGGAGCCAAGCUACUCUCCUCUGUGCGGGACCCUGAGGAGCUGCAUCAGUGGCUCGAGGUGGAACAGUUCUCAAAAAGCCUUCAGCAGUGGCAUGAAACGGAUGUGAACAUUGAAGGUGAUCUGGUUCCAGCCAAAGUCCUUGUCGUCUUCCGAGAGCUGGUGGAAAAGUCAAUUGCUUCCUGUAACCUCUCCAAUAAAGUGACAGUGCUGGAGAGCUUCAGCUCAGUGGUCCGAGUGGCUGUGGAAACAUCUGAAUUCCAGGUUGAGGUGGAGCUGGCUCCUACAGUGGAGAUUCCAACUUGCUGGCCUGAGAAAGCCCGAUGGCCUCGUUGCCUCAAGCGUUGGCCGUCCCAGGAAAAAGUGCAAUGCAUCAAGUCACUUGGUUUUGACCUCUUGGCCCGCUCCAAUUAUCACUGGCAGCUAUGCUUCUCCCGUGCUGAGCAUAUGCUUAUGGAAGGCCUCGACGAAGAUGGUGGUUGUCGCAUGAAAUGCUUCAGAGUCAUGAGGCAGAUGAAGGAGGAUGUCUGGUGUGCUGGAAAUAAGCCUGUCAUCACAGCUUAUCACCUUCAGACAGUGCUAUUCUGGACGUGCGAAAAAUACCCACGCACCAAGGAUUGGCGCUGCUUUCAUGAAGCCUUUCUGAGGCUGGUGCAGAAGCUGCACAAGUGUGUGAGCCAGCACUUCCUCAAGCAUUACUUUGUCAAGAACACCAAUCUGCUCAAAUAUGCCAACACCAGUGACCUGGACAUGGUGGCCAGCAAGCUCGCUGUCUUCUUAGAGAACCCCGUCUUCUGCCUGGACUAAGGCCAAAGAAAGCUUCCUCACCUCCACUUUGAGCACUUCUCCGCAUCGGUGGUGUUCUUGUCCUUCCAGUAGGUGUUGCAGCUGGCUUUCUGAGGCAGUUGGCACUGAUGGCAUGAACAAAAUGUCAAGAUUGCAGCGGUGGGUGGGGAAAACUGAUGGAAGGCAUUGCUUGAUGCCCAGCCGAUCUAAUUUGCUUUCAACAGCAACAGCUUGCCUAGAAGCUACAGCCCGUGAAACUCAACCCUGUGUCAGUGAGAGCAGCAACUGCCUUAUUCUCUGCCUCCAGUCUUGUGGCACAUAAGCAGAAAGAUGGUGCAAAGAAGUCUCACUCUGUUACCUACCUGCUGUGCAAUCUAGCACAUGGAUGGUGGCUGCCUCCUCCUUCCUCACAAGGACAAUGAGUUUAAUUCAUAGGAUCAUAGAAUGGCUUGGGUUGGAAGAGACCUUUAAGAUAAUUCCCUGCCAACCUUGUAGGCCAGCUCUGCAGAGGAGCAGAGGAACAUUAUUUUGGAGGUAUGCUAAAGGUGGAAGCCUUCCCUGAAACAGUUUGUGACGCCUCCAUCUACAGUCAAAUGGGAUCCUGCUCCUGUACAAAGAUAACCCUGUCAGUAGUGCUGAAUAGCUCAAGGGAAGCAGGAGGAAGAAGUUGUUUUUUUCUUGCCUCCUCAUUUUUGUUCUCCUCCAGCUCCAUUUUUCUUCCUGUUACUUCAAAUAUAUUUUUUCUUCAUGUUUGCCAAUUCUGUUGGUGCCGUACAAACAGGGGGGCUUGGCCAGAGCAGAUUUCACUUGCACCCCUGGCUCCACCCAGCAGGCUGGAGGAGGAGCAGGUCUUUCCCUAGUUUUAAGCGCCCAUGUCUUUUUGGGGUGUUGCAUAGGAGAAUAUUUUUUCAAGGGCUCAUAGCUCCAACAUUCCCAGCGCUUUUAAUAUUAAGAAAAGAAAAUAAGUGUUAGGCUUUUGAAAGAACUAAGUGCUAGAAUGAGUAUAAAGAAUGUUGGUUUUAAUGUUAUUAAAUCACUGAAACUAU